AUGCUGCCUCUCGCUCUUUUGGCGUUCUCGCUGGUGGUAGUGAUGGUGGAGGGAGCGAGCAUCGCAUCGGCGACGUGGCGGAAGCCGACCUUCGCGAACGUGAACGGCGCGCGGACGCACCAAGCGUUCGCGGCGCUCUUCCAGGCCGUGGCGGUGUUCCGCCCGAACCAGGUGUACGUGGGCCCGCCGUACGAGCAGCUCGCACACGUGCUCGGGCAGAUGGCGGAGCAGGAGGUCGUCGGGAACACGACGACGUACCAGGAGCCCAUCGUCGGCUUCAUGGGCGACGCGCUCAGGGUGCGCGCGGCGUUUGGGAACACGGGAGUGGACUUCGCGUUAGCUUGGGGAUACUCCGCUGCAAGAGCGCAUUUCACCUUGAACAACGCCCAGCUGCUCGGAUACGCUGUGCAGUGCUGGGAAUGGGCCAACACAUACACCAUUUCCCCUGGCACCAACCGCCUCGCGAGCAAAGCGCCAUCCAUUUCUACGAGCUGUGCUACUGGCCCACUCACGGGCGGGACGUUUGCAACCUCGACCCUUUCCUCUCCAACCCUCUCCGCCCGCGCGACUGGCUACUUUGCGCUCCUGUCGGCCAUGCUGGCCCAAGCGACGUCCAACACGACCUACCUCGAUGCCGCGGUCGCCUCCGUCUCCUUCAUCCGCACGCAUCUGUGGGACGCCCCGCGCGGACUUCCGAUGGCCGCCCUUGCCGCCGACAGCUGUGCCGUCACGGAUACCAGUCUGCAGUCGAACAAUGCCGCACUGCUGGUCGAGGCGCUCAGCGUGUUGAGCGUUAUUACGGGCGGGGAUGCGCGGGUGGGGGGCCUGCUGGACGGACUGGUGACCAAGGUAUUGGAAUAUGACGGGUGGCAGACUGCGCAGGGGAUUCUUGCGAGCGGCGACACGAAAGUCGGGGACGGGCUGCUUGUGCGGGCCCUGACGUGGGCGUAUCUCUACAAUGCGACCAACUCGGGGAACAGGGGAUACAUUCACGACUAUGUCGCCGUCCAGUACAACGCCGUGACCGACCUCGCCACGUACAACCUCACCGCCCCGCCCGUGAACAGCACCAAUCCCGCGUCCAACCUGUAUGCCGCGCAAUGGACGGGCCCGCCGCCGGCCCCGGGCACGAACGUCUCGUUUGCGAACCAGACGAACGCGAUCCAUGUCCUCUACGCCGCGGCAUGGAUCGACUUUCCUGGCUCGCCCGUGCCGCCCCCGCUGGCGGCGAGCCUGAGGCUCGGCGAGGGGGUGCUGACGUUUGGCGCGGGCACUUCCGGUGAUAAGGAUGGCAACACUGGUGCCCACCAGAGCAAAGCGGCAUCGCAUACGGGGGCCAUCACGGGCGGGAUCGUCGGCGCAGUCGCGGCCCUCGCGGCUCUCUGUGCGCUGUUGCUCGUCUGCCAUCACCGCCGGCGGGCCGCACGGCGCGGGCCGCGGGACAGCGGGCCGGCGGUUCCGCGCCCGACUCCGCCUUCGCCGACGAGCGCCGGGGCAACCGGGCCGAGCACCGCAUCGCUCCACUCGCGCGGCUACUCGCAGACGACGACGUCGCUCACGACGCCGUCGAGCGCCAGCGCCACCCUUUCGCUGGGCGGAUACCAGGAUAUGAAUCAGCGACCGGUGUCGGGGUCGACGAGCAAGAGCGGCGGCAGCGCGGACGUCACGGUGCCGCUGGUUCCCGUGCGGAGACGAGAGGCGGGGGAGCCCAGGCAGCAGUUGACUCAGGCACAGCAGCGUCGGGGUGUGUCGUUUGGCGGGGACUUUGACGAUCCGCCGCCGGAAUAUGCGUAG